AUGUCCUCGCUCGUGACUCGUCCCAAACCGAUCCAGCACGACCCGAGCGUCGUCCGCGAGCUCGUCGCCGGGCCACACGACGGGCCUCAACCGCCGUUCCCCGUCUACCUCGACGGGUGGGUCACGCGCGGGUUCGGCAGGGGGUCAAAGGACCUCGGGUGUCCCACUGCCAACCUGCCCGACUCGUCGAUUGCACCGUAUGCAGAGACACUCUCGACGGGCGUCUACUUUGGCUUUGCGCGCGUCCUCGACCAGCGCUCUGCGACCCGCUCCUCGACAACCUCGGCUUUCCCCACUUCCUCCUCCUCGAAUGACAGCAAGAACGAGCACGACGGCGUCUUUCCCAUGGUCAUGAGCAUCGGGUGGAACCCGUUCUACAACAACGACACUCGGACCGCGGAAGUCCACGUCCUGCACACGUACCCCUCGGACUUUUACGGCAAGCAGCUCCGCGUCGUCAUGCUCGGCUUCAUCCGACCAGAGUACAACUAUGGGUCGAUGGACGCCCUCAUCGCCGACAUCAACACUGACAAGCUCGUCGCCCUCAACUCGGUCUCCUCUCCCAACCCCUCCGCCUCCUCAACUACAACCGAAACCACCGCCGCCGCACCCGCCGUCAUCCCCGCCGAGCGAGGGACCAACUAUGCACGCUUUGCUGAGGAUGAGUUCUUUUGGAGGGAAAGUACGCUCGAGCCAUUGCCCGAGGGGGUGGAUCCGGAGAAGAAGAGGGAGAAGUAG